GGCGGCCCCGGGGGUCGGGCUGAGGAAAGCACGCUGAUUGGUCCUGUAGGGGAUUAGGUCAUCGCUAGCAGGUUCGGGCGGCCCGGACGCCGGCGGGGCGGCCGAGGCUUCUGUGAGAGGGCGCUCGAGGCGGCUGGAAGCUGCUUGAGGCUGCUGGGGAGCGAGCCCGCAGAGGAGGCGGGGAGGCGCUGGCCGCGCUCGCUCGCUCGCUGUUCGGCGCCGCCAAGGCUCCGCCAGCGCACCUCCUGCCGCCCGGUGGUUCUCCGCAGGAGCACCGUCGGUCCGUCCGGGUCCUGGCUUCGGUCCAGAAUCUCCCGCUCCCGCUGACCCCGCGCGCGGGGCCGGCCGACGCCACCCACACCUGUGGAUCGGCCGUGGUCGCCGGUGUCGGCCGAGCAGCGCGCGAGGCGCGACCCCUCCGCCCGGCUCCGCGGGCAGAAUGGGGCUCCCGGCGCUCGAGUUCAGCGACUGCUGCCUCGACAGCCCGCACUUCCGAGAGACGCUCAAGUCCCACGAAGCAGAGCUGGACAAGACCAACAAAUUCAUCAAGGAGCUCAUCAAGGACGGGAAGUCGCUCAUCAGCGCGCUCAAGAAUUUGUCUUCGGCAAAGCGGAAGUUCGCAGAUUCCUUAAAUGAAUUUAAAUUCCAGUGUAUAGGAGAUGCAGAAACAGAUGAUGAGAUGUGUAUAGCGAGAUCUUUGCAAGAAUUUGCUAGUGUUCUCAGGAAUCUCGAGGAUGAGCGGAGUCGCAUGAUUGAGAAUGCCAGCGAGGUGCUCAUCACACCCUUGGAGAAGUUUCGGAAGGAGCAGAUCGGGGCUGCCAGGGAGGCCAAAAAGAAGUACGACAAAGAGACAGAGAAGUACUGUGGCAUCUUAGAAAAGCAUUUGAAUUUGUCUUCCAAAAAGAAGGAGUCCCAGCUGCAGGAGGCAGACAGCCAAGUGGACCUGGUUCGGCAGCAUUUCUAUGAAGUGUCCCUGGAGUAUGUCUUUAAGGUGCAGGAAGUCCAGGAGAGGAAGAUGUUUGAGUUCGUAGAGCCUCUACUGGCCUUCCUGCAAGGACUCUUCACUUUCUAUCACCAUGGUUAUGAGCUGGCCAAAGAUUUUGGUGACUUUAAGACACAGUUGACCAUCAGCAUACAAAAUACAAGAAACCGCUUUGAAGGAACCAGGUCUGAAGUGGAAUCGCUGAUGAAGAAGAUGAAGGAAAACCCCCUUGAGCACAAGACCAUCAGCCCCUAUACGAUGGAAGGAUACCUCUAUGUUCAGGAGAAACGUCACUUUGGAACUUCUUGGGUGAAGCACUACUGUACAUACCAGCGGGAUUCCAAACAAAUCACCAUGGUUCCCUUUGACCAAAAGUCAGGAGGAAAGGGGGGAGAAGACGAGUGUGUCACCCUCAAAUCCUGCACGCGGCGGAAGACAGACUCCAUCGAGAAGAGGUUCUGCUUUGAUGUGGAAGCAGUAGACAGGCCAGGGGUUAUCACCAUGCAGGCGUUGUCGGAAGAAGACCGUAGGCUCUGGAUGGAAGCCAUGGAUGGCCGGGAACCCGUCUACAACUCAAACAAAGACAGCCAGAGUGAAGGGACCGCACAGUUGGACAGCAUCGGCUUCAGCAUAAUAAGGAAAUGCAUCCAUGCGGUGGAAACCAGAGGGAUCAAUGAACAAGGACUCUACCGGAUCGUGGGGGUCAACUCCAGAGUGCAGAAGUUGCUGAGUGUCCUGAUGGACCCCAAAGCAGCUUCUGAGACAGAAACUGAUAUCUGUGCAGAAUGGGAGAUAAAGACCGUCACGAGUGCUCUGAAGACCUACCUGAGGAUGCUUCCAGGACCACUCAUGAUGUAUCAGUUUCAAAGAAGUUUCAUCAAAGCAGCAAAGCUUGAAAACCAAGAGACUCGAGUCUCUGAGAUCCAUAGCCUUGUUCACCGGCUCCCAGAGAAGAAUCGGCAGAUGUUGCAGCUGCUGAUGAACCACCUGGCAAAUGUUGCUAGCAAUCACAAGCAGAAUUUGAUGACAGUGGCAAACCUUGGUGUGGUGUUUGGGCCUACAUUGCUGCGACCUCAGGAAGAAACAGUGGCAGCCAUCAUGGACAUCAAGUUCCAGAACAUUGUCAUCGAGAUCUUAAUAGAGAACCAUGAAAAGAUAUUCAACACCGUGCCUGAUGUGCCCCUCACCAAUGCCCAGCUACACCUGUCCCGGAAGAAAAGCAGUGACUCCAAGCCCCCCUCCUGCAGCGAGAGGCCCCUGACGCUCUUCCAUGCCGUGCCGUCCACAGAAAAACAGGAGCAAAGGAACAGCACCAUCAACUCCAGUUUGGAAUCUGUCUCUUCGAGUGCAAACAGCAUCCUUAAUUCUAAUAGCAGCCUGCAGCCCAAUAUGAACUCCAGUGACCCAAACCUGGAUGUGGUCAAACCUACUCGACCCAAUUCACUCCCCCCGAAUCCAAGCCCAACUUCACCCCUCUCGCCAUCAUGGCCCAUGUUCUCGGCGCCAUCCAGCCCUAUGCCCACCUCAUCCACGUCCAGCGACUCAUCCCCCAUCAGGUCUGUUGCAGGGUUUGUUUGGUUUUCUGUUGCUGCUGUUGUUCUCUCAUUGGCUUGGUCCUCUCUUCAUGCAGUGUUCAGCCUCCUCGUCAACUUUGUUCCCUGCCAUCCAAACCUGCACUUGCUUUUUGACAGGCCAGAAGAAGCAGUUCGUGAAGACUCCAGCACACCGUUCCGGAAGGCAAAGGCCUUGUACGCCUGCAAAGCUGAACACGACUCUGAGCUCUCGUUCACAGCAGGCACCGUCUUCGAUAAUGUUCAUCCAUCUCAGGAGCCUGGCUGGUUGGAGGGGACUCUGAAUGGAAAGACUGGCCUCAUCCCAGAGAACUACGUGGAGUUCCUCUAACCUAGAGUCCCAGCUGAGCUGCUGAGCUUUAUGUGGUCUCCAUGACAACUGCUGAUUCUGGUGUUGUGGGCCACUUUUCAUUGCCACUGAGGAAGCAGGGAACCGGACUGUUGCCUCCUGCCAACCGGAAUGCACCUGGGAACUUGUGUCACCUUUCUCCAUGAUCAUCUCAGCUAACAGCACAGGGAUGCUGCAAGAAUUGAAAGUCAAUCAGUAGAGGAGGCCGUUUGAUUUUGAUAACCCAGAGGAAGGCUUACAAAGCUGUUUUUUCACGAGUGCCCUAACUAGAGAGCACUGAUUUCAUGUUAACAGUCAUCCCAGUCCCCAGGCUUCUGAGAAGAGGAAGCGGGAUGAGAACAGUCCUAACGGAAGUGCAGCACUGCUGAGGUGGAUAAGGCAGGGCAAAGAAACUGGCACAAGAUGCAGGCUGCCUCUGCUGCUGUUGCUUACAGCAGACAUGCGCUCUCUCUCCUUCAUUCUCCCAGAGACACCGUUCUGAAGGCAGCUGGGCCUGUCUGGAAGCACACAGGAUGAAGGGGUUGCCGCAUUGUUUAUACAAGGUCCAAUCUCUCACCAUCUCUUGAGCAGCUGUUGGCCUGGAAUCAACAGAUUUCAGUACAGUCCUCUCAUGCAAAGAAGCACACGUCCCUCACGUUCUCUGCCACCGAAGGCUUCCAUCACUGCCAUCACCUAGUAACCAUAGCAACCCAACCUACUCUAAAACUAAGCCAACAAUAAUACUCCCCUUUGUGUGACACAACCCCCUAUUUCAGCUCUUUGUUUGUGUUUUGUUGUUGUUUCGUUUGUUUGUGUUUUGUUGUUGUUGUUUUGUUUGUUUUUAGUUUUUUUGGAAUGGUCUUCCAACAGUCUGAAGCAAAGGAUUAGGCCUUUGGGUGGUCUGCCUGGGACAGACAGGAUAGCAGCUGGGGACUGCUCCCUUUCUGGAAAAUGUCCACAUCAUCAGGAUAUACUUGGAGCAAACUCUGGGAACCUGUUGAGGUUGAAUCCCAUACACAUUGGGUCAGUACUUCUGUUCUCCAUGUAACAAGUUCUUGCUUCAGAGGGCAAGAUGCUGCCUCCCCAUGGGCUAGCAUCUGACUGAUGCCCUCCAGCCUCCCCUCUACCUGCUGCCUGUCUUUGCCCUUUCCAAUGAUCCCCAAACAGCUCCCUACAAGGCUUUUGCUGCUGGGGUCCUAUGGAUUUUAGAGAUGAUCCUUAGAACAAACCUGUAGCAUGAAUUCUAAAAGGACAUAUAUCUCACUGCCACCCAGAAAAAGAGGGACUCGUUAACUAGGAAAGGCCAUUAAGAAUCUGGAAGACACCAAAUUUUGAGUCCUGGAGGCUAGUCUGGGUAACUUCAAGGAAAGGGAAUUCUCAGUUAAAGGGGGCUGGGUCUUAACUGUUGUGCAUGAGAGACCACCUGGCUGAGCAUCACAUGACCUCAAAAGAACACAAUCAUGGCAUCUUCGCAUGUGAGUGCCCUUACAGAAUGACUCUGGACAGACAAACUGACACUCUCCAGGGGCCCCUCGGAUGGCAGCAUUGCGCCAGAGUGUGUCUGGCUUCUGGAAUUCCUUUAGGGUUGCCUAAUGAAGAAAAGAAAAACUUGAAUUGUGUUGAAUUACUGUAUCUUUUGCUUUUAUUUUCUUUUUAAAGAUAAACUUGUAAAUAGAAUGAUUUGAAAUAUUAUAUGGUAAAGUUUUAUAUUUGAUAUUCUUUAAGCUAGUUGCUCCAUACAUUUAGUAUUUUGAUUGUUGAACAAGUGUGUUUAAAAGGGUGCGCGAGAGACCGGGUUCAAGAGACAAGGUCAUGUCCAACUCUCUGGUCCAGUGAAAGACUGUUUCCUUAUGGUUCCUGUUGGUGAGCCUGAAAAGUUAGUUGUAUUCAGUUGUCUUUAUCUACAUGUGAUUUUUGGGAUUUGGAGUUCAAAAGAGCAUUUUUAGGUAGUGAAUUUUCAAAGAACCGCCACCUAACAGUAAAGUGACACUCAGGAUUUAAGUAGGUGGGGCAGGGGGUAACUGUUUGCCUUUGUUUGCUUGUUCUUCUCAGGUGUAUUUCUUGGUACCCUAGGAUGUCCAGACCAAAGGAGAUGGGAGAAUUACUCCUUUUCUCUCAACUCUCCUAAGGGCUUAUAAAUACAGCCAAGCUAGUUUGUAAAUGUGUCUGUUGGCUCUAAGAACAAAACCUGAAAGUCAGCUGCUGUGGUUCUCAGCCCUUGGUAUGCUUUUAUUCUUCCUAUAGACACAUUUCUACAUUUCUUCACCUCCAGGUUUCCUACAGCCCCAGAGUAAAAAGAACCCCAAAAGGGAUGUAGGUUGCACAUCUACAGUUUUAAGAGUGGCUGUGAUGCUAAUAGUUCAGUGUGGUGACUCAGCUCAGGAUUGUACUGCUGUCAGCCAAGAACUCAGCCAGGAGCAAGGGAGACUCCGUCAGGCAAUCACAGGACUCCAAGCUGCCAUUGAGGCUGGCUGUGUGGCUCCUGCCUGUGGUCUUAGCAUUUAGGAAGCAGAGACCAGAGGAUUGCUGGAGUCCUAAGGCAGCCAGGUUUGAGGGCAGGAGGAGGGUUGAAAACUAAAGGAAGAAAGGGAAUAGACUCAGGUUCCAGACCUAUGCCCUGUGAGCUUGAGAACAAGUUGGGAAAAGGAGCCUGAAGGGCAUGCACACUCAAGUAGCAUUGUGCUGUCCAAAUUGAAAGAGCCCAGCAUGAUGCUUUUAAUAUAUCUGAUGAUUUAAAUUGUCACCUGUCCUAUCAUAAAUGAAGUAGUCUUGUAGUCAGGGCCCAGCAUGACUGCUUGGAUACAUGUUCAUUCUCUCCUGAGCUGGCCCUGGUUUGAAGCUACUGUCGUAGGCUGACCUCCUUCUAGUUUCCCUGAGGCUAUGUGUGGCCUAUGACAGAUGGUUGCUCUGUUUCUGUUUGUCCAGCUAGGCCUCCCUCCUCCUCAUGAGCUAAAGAACUGGAUAUAUUAAUAUGAGCCAAGUGGAAAGGAACUUGAAGAUUAAAAACAAAAUGUGCCCUUUCUGCUCUCUGGACACCUCAGCUCCCCAUGAAUAAGGAAAACUGGGUUAGAUUGUAGGGAAUGAGUUGAUAUCAAAAUGGAAAUUCAUUGACCAGAGUCCCAAAGAUUUCCCAAGAGCUCUGCGUUCCUUCCUCUUGUGAGACCCUGGGAUCAAUCAGUUACGACCUGAAUUUUGGGGCAUUUGAGGUGAUUUGCCUCACUCCUCCUUGGGAUACAGAGUUCCAUAACUAAACAGUGCCAUGCCAUGAGAAGGUAGCUGCUCUCAAAUCCCUAUCCCCAAGCAGGUAAAUUGGACUUGCUCAAGCUUGUUGGGAUUCUCUCCUAUUUUUUUUUUCAAGAUAGAUUUAUAAGAAUGAACUCCAUUCAGUGGACCCCCCAGAAGUCCAUUAGUAUUAGAGCCAGUUUUCUAAAGCUAUUAUGUAAAGUCUUGUGGGUGCUUUUUUUUUUUUUUUUUUUAAACAAUGAAGCAGAGAGAAAAUGAGCAGUAAGUCCUUGCAGACCGGCACUGGUAGGUCAGAGCUGUGCUGGUUGCCUGGGAAUUGCAGGCGCUCCCCCUACAACUUCAGAUGUGACAGUGCCAUCGCUGGCUCUCAGAGGGAAAUCCUCGUCAGCUGCAUCUUCCUCCUGAAAAUGCUAGCCCCAAUCACACCAAAAGCUGCCUCCCUCUCAUAGAGGUUCCAGAAGCACCCUCUACUGAGGCACGGGGAAAAAGGUGGAAGGUGGUGUGACUGCAUGUUCAUGGCUUCUCUUCCACAGGCACCUGCUUCAUGCCACCCUGGCACUCCGCAUUUGCUCUAGCACCCACUGUUCCUAGUAGACAAGGGAACCAAGUGUCUGCUUAGCUACCUGACUUUCAUGGGAAUGUCCUGGGUGUGUGUGCCACCCCUGGCAAACUUGACAGUGAUCACUUAUGUCUACACACCUGCCCCACAGCCCUUUAAUCACCCCGGUGCCCCUCAUACCCCAUGGUGGUAUUUGAAAAAUGUCGUCUUGUGCUCAAACAUUUCUGUAGCCGUGCUUGAUCUAGUGGUUGUCCUUGAACAUAGCAUCAAGAUGGUAAGAGCAGAGAGCGGUGAACCCUGAGCAUUCCUCCAACAUGCCUGAGACGAGACUACAACAGGAAUGAUUAGCUUUCUUCCUUUUGCCACCCACAGGACUUGCCUACUUAAAGAGCUUCCCAGAGCAGACAGAGAUUCCACAUGUCGCUCCGAGGCAGCCCUGUGUUCGUGGGAGGAAAGCAUACACAGGGUCAGGAAGGAAGGAGUGAACCUCACUUCUCCCAGUCUUUAAGCGGGGGAGGAAAAGCUAUCACAAGAAAAAUCUCACAACUAAAUAAUUUUUCACAAGUCUAUAGGCCAUUAUAGAAUGAAGAUACCCUUCACAGUGGAAUGUUGUGGAGAGCAAAAGCAGCAUAGUCCUAACCCAUGGAAGGAAGGAGAGCCAAGAAUAUCAUGUGUCAAAAUUCACACUUGUAUAGUCAGCAGGGACCAGAGUAUUGGUAGCUCGGUGUCUAACUGACCUGGAGCAGCUUCAGCCUGGCUGAGGCAUGCUAAAUCCCACACCCGCCAUUCCCACAGGCUUCACCAACAGCCGGCAUUCUUGCGGUUCAAGAUGCUGGCAUCAGCUUGUUGUCUGUGAUGACAUACAUCUGGUGAUUCUAAAAGUUGGUGUGCAUGUGUUUGUGUGUAUGUGGUCAUGUGUAGCGCAUACAUGUGUAAAGAUACAGCCUCUCAUAUAGAGACACACAUGAGCUGGCACUUCCAAAGCUUUUACAGCCUUGAAAAUUUGGAGGGAGAGUUUCAGAGGAGCCUAGAGGCUCUUGGUUUCCUAGCAAAAGAUCAGAGAUAUAAAUGAAGUGCCAUCUAAAACCUGUGUUCGUAUUUAUCACAUAGUUAUCCACAGCUGUGUUCUUUGGUGACUUAUUAAAAGUCAUGUUAAAAACUCAAACCCAUAAAUUCUUAGUAGCUAAUGCUUGGCUAGUGUUCAAAAGCACUCAAAAAAACACUUAGUCCAUAUUUUGGGAAAGAAACUAUUUGCAUGUUUAAUUCAUCUUUUAGGCUACCGUUGAGUAUACUGUAAAGUGCUGUGUGAUAUAAUAUCAGUAAAGUAAUUAUAAAGGCACUUUAAUAUUUUCUUUUGAAAAAAAUCAUAAAUAACACACUGUUGUAAAUGUCAGUAUUGAAUAUUGACUGGUGCAUAGAAACAAAUUCUGUAAUUAAAAUUUAACCUGCAGCUAUGAUAGAAUACUUUUCCUGUUAGUAGAAAAAAAAAACAGUUUUGCCAUGUUCAGGCUUUUAAAACAUGUGUCUCUGUGCCACUGUGAGUAUCUAUAAAGAAAAUAUGAUUUCUGUCAGGCACCUCUGAACCGUGGCUUUUUAUGUUUGUGUAUGUGGCAGUCCCUAUGCAGUGAGUGGAAGUAUGAUUUUUGAAUUAAAUGACUUUUUCAUUUGA